UGUAGCUGAUUUGCUGAGAUCAAAUCAUAUUACAGAAUUAACAUCCAUUGUUAAAUUAAGAAUAGCUUUCAGCUUUUUGGAAGUCCUUCUAGCUUGCUAAUUGCCUGUAAAUAGUCACAGAUUGUAUGCUCACUGGACUGCAUCAAGGUUUUGUGUUUGUUUGGAAAUAAAUACUGCGACUGGCAGAGCUCAUAUCGCUCACCUGCUUGAGCCAGUGCACGGUGUUGAUUAACUAACCUGGGAAGCCUCAGGGGGACUGUAGUACCCCGCUGAAGGGUGACCAGGCUGUUAGAAGCCACAGCUUACUCUCAAUGGGACAUCAGGAGGAGCGCCCAUGAGACAGCCUCUGGGCAAAAUGAGAAACCGGUGAUUGACUGACUCUAGCGGAGAGACUUUAUUCAGUUAGGAGUUAGACAGACUGUGGCCUUCCAUGGCUGAUCCACUUGUAGCACUGGCUUGUGGACUGUCUGCAGCAUUUCUGCUCCUGUUGCUGUUUGGCCUAUCAGUGUAUCUGCUGUGGAGGAAGAGACGGACUCAAACGCUCUACAGGGGACUGAUACCUACCACCCCCACAAUCCCACGAUGCACCGCUCUUGUGCUUCAGACAUCACAGAGCAGCAGCUAUGGCUCAGGCGGUGUUCCUUUCUUUGUGCCUCCUCGAUUCAAGACAACACCCCAACUAAACAAGGAGAAAGAGGAAAGAGAGUCUGCUGAGGAAUGGGAACUCCAUCCAGAUCUGCACACCCAGCGAGGCUCUCUAACAGUAGGGAGUUGGUUCCCUCUGGGCAGCAUAAGACCAGACCUGUACCAGCUCCCAGAGGAGCCCAGUGAAUGGGCCCUUCCCAAUGGCUCAGCUGUUCGUCUGUGGUUCGCUCUGCGUUACCAGCAGGAGAGAGAGCAGCUGGUGGUGUCUCUGCUCAGAGCUGCUAACCUGCCCGUUCAGUGCCAGGGUAAUGUCACACUGGUAAAACUGCAGCUGUUGCCGUCUGAUGAUCGACGUCACCGUCAAGCAAAAGCACGGCGGAAAGGUCGUCAUCCACAGUUCAACGACACCUUUGUGUUUCAGGUAUCUAAUAGCUGUGUCGACCAGUGCUCUUUGAACAUGAGCAUGUACACUGUGGACCAUCAGAAGAAGCACCGUCUUGUAGGUCAAGUCCUGAUCCCCCUCAGACAUUCUGAACUGAAGGAGACGGCAGGAAAAGUGCAGUGGAGGGAUCUGGACAAUGAAAGUGAUCAACCCCUUUCAAAAAAUGGUGACAUCCAGGUGUCUUUAAACUACAAUCAGUCCCUACACCGCCUCACUGUGGUUGUUUUAAGAGCACGAGGGUUGCAGUGUUGCAGUGAUGCAGGUGUUUGCGCCCAGGUCUCUCUGAAGAUACACACUCAGGUGGUGAGGAACAAGUGGACCACUGUAGCGAAAGGAAAUAAUCCAUCUUUUAAUGAGAGGCUUACCUUCAGACUCCUCCCAAUGCAGCUGGACACAGCCUGUCUGACCCUACAGCUCCAGCAGCCCAGCACAGAGGAACCCGUGUUGUUGGGCAUUGUGGUCAUUGGGCCGUUCAUGUAUGCGAGGGGCAGAGAACUGGAACACUGGAACGACAUGGUCAGCAAACCACAGGAGCUAGUUAGGCAAUGGCACCCGCUGGGAUCCGCUGACACAGUACAGGGACCUCAAUGAACAACAUGCAACAAACUCAAUGCCACCUCCCUCCUCUCUUUGAAAACAAUGAUAGCCUUUUUCUUAGCUUUAAGGGGGAAGUGUUCUUUUUUUCAGUACAAGAAUGAUGUCAGAAAAUCAAAUUGAAUUAAAGUUUAACGAAAUGUUUUAUUGAUAGCAUAAAUAACAUCAUUUUAAAUAAGUGUUUACUCCCAUCAGAACAAUUGUGUGACUUCAUGCAGAAGGUAAAAAUACAGUCCAGUUGUACAACAGGGUUCUCACACUUUUAAACUUUUUAAAUUUCCAUUCCAUUUGUUUGUGAUUAAUGGAUAAGGGUCAUUUGGAUUCAGAUUGAUUUGCAUCCAUCCAUCCAUUCUUUAAUCCUCUUUUCCUUUGUAGGGUCACAGUGAUUGUUACUGAAUCGUUAAGACCGAUUUGUGAACUGGUUUGAUUGAUUCAUUAAAAAUAAUGAUUCACUCACAAAUACUACCAUUCAAAAAUUUGGGAUCAGUAAUUUUUAAAUAUAUGAAGCAAGUGCUGUCGAACGAUUAAUUGCGAUUAAUCAGAUCCCAAAAAAAAGUUUUUGGUUACAUAUGUGUGUGUGCUAUGUAUAUUAUGUACUGUAUAUAUAAAUACACACACAUGCAUGUAUAUAU